CCUAAACCUGUCAACCCCUAAGCGGGGGUGACAGGUACCUGCAAAACUUCAAACAGAAAGGAGGGUCAAGUGAGACGUGAUUUGAUAGAAAUUUUUAUUAAGAAUAUAUCCUCGAAAUUCUAAAUUGGUACUAUUUACCCUGCCAAAAUUGCGGCUCGAACCCCGUUUCCACAUGAAAUUUUGCUGGUUCCGCUUAGGGGUUGAAAGUUAGGUAGAGGAUGAAAAUACUAAUAAAAUGUGUCCCCCCAAAAACAAAAAUUGACGUGUCCGUGUAAUUUCUGAUCAAUCACCUGGAACCUGGGACGGGACGAGACCUGAAAGAACCUAGGUGGGAAGUUUUUCGUGUCUCACCCUGUACAACAAACAAACUAUCAGCCAUGUUUUUAUUUAAAACCAUCAAUAAACAUUCACUAAAACCUUCAGCAGUAAACUUUAUCUUACUUCUGUUGUCUUUCGGGGUGUCCACUGUCGGCUAUUUUAGAAAAUUGACGCCGAGGAUCAGUUGGCCGAUGGCUCCACAUCCAAAUUUGUUCAUAUUACAUAGGUCUACCUCUCUGCCAGAUUUGGUGCCUUUAUCAAAAAGUACACAAUAUGUUGAGCUAAGUUGCCGCACUAUUGGAAAGUAGGUAGAAAAUAUUUUGAAAAAUUGACAGGAUAGAUAAAUAUCGAUGAUUUUGAAAAAGUAUCCACUCUUUCAUUGCUUGCUCAGUGGAAGAGUAAAAUAUAAAAAAACCAAAAUAGCCUAAGAGAGAGAAAAAAACAGGCAUAUUUCGCCUAUUGUUGUUGUUGCAAUCUCUUUAUCUCCGAACUCGUUCGUUUGCCAUCAUAAAAAUAACCCAGCUUGUCGACGGCUAAUUAAACCACUUAAUCGACAUAUUACUGCAAUUCCAACUUAAAAGCUAAUUCUCUCCGAACCAAUUGAACUCUCCUAAACCCUUCGUUUAUAGUAAUAAAUGACUAUAUUGCUCGGUCCCCGGAAUGGGAGUGUCGCAUGGCGUUUUAUUUGUAUACGAACACAGACAUUUUAUACAUCCCAUCAUUCUGAAAAAUCCUUAUCAAUGAAUAACACAGUCGGUUAUUCGCUCCGAAAUAACAUUAAAACAUCAUUUUCAUAUCUAGUCGACCGCGAUUAUUUGAAACAAGUGGCGGUAUAGCGCGCAUUUCCGUCGUCAAAAACCGGGAAAAAAAAAACUUUUGAGCCAUUAAGAACAAUAAGUACUAGUACCUAGUACCUACUAGCAAAAUUUCAAACACCAAGUAAACUAAAUUGAUUUCUAAUGAAUUUUUGCCGCAUACUUCUUUUACGGAUGUGGUAAUGUAGGUGACUAAUGAAGAAAAUGACGUCGGGCACCGAUAUUAUUCUGAAAUCAUGGUUGAGAACGUUAAGAUACAACGUUGAAUAUUACGAAGACACCUUUGAAUCGGGAAACAAUCGCAGUGAGUACAAUCGGAGCGCGAAAAUAAUGAUGAUUGAUUCAGUGAAUAGUGGCGAUAGUGACAGUGGUGAUGAACAAUAUCUGAACAUUUGGGAUUGUUCGAAUGAAGGUGCAUCGAAAAUUAACUCUUUAGAAUCGGUGGGGACUGUUAGUGAAUUAUCAAAUGUUGAAAGUGAAUGUAGUGGCUCUUAUUCCAGUUCCAGUAUAAUUAGUGCAAAAAAAAUUAGAAAAAAACCAGUUGCCACACCAAGACUGAGCAAAAGUUUAGAAAAGAAUGAGGCAAUUUAUGUCAAUCUACCGGUAAAAUAUCCAAGGCGCACCUCAGAAUCUAACUUUAUUUAUGAAAAUCUGCCACCAAAGUUUAAAUCUACCUCAGAAUCGGAACCAAUUUAUGAAAACCUUCCUAUGGCUUCGUCAAAUGAUUCCCUCAAAUAUGAAGAGGAAGUCUUUUCAACUAUUCAAUAUUUAGAAGACGUUAUUGAAUCAAUAGACACAUGUAGUGAAGAGGAUGACUACUCAAAAUACUCUACAAUAAAUUCAGAUUAUAUUGAAGAAUUAAAAGACAAAUUAAUUAACGACAAAACAAUUUCUGGAAGUACUAGCAGUUUUGAGGAUUUCUUGAGCGAAGACCAACUUAGAUCAAAAACCGAUGCUGACACAUACAAAUUAAAAAGAGUUUGCGCUUUGUUUGAAGAGUUAGAACCUGCUCUACCUCAAGAAAUCAAAAACAUACCACUACAAACAAAUAAUUUCGAUAUUAGAAAACGCUAUUCUAUGCCUCUAAAGUUUACAGAUAUAAUUGAAAACACUUGGAGGCCUCAAAGUUUGAGAGUUGAACUCAAACAACAAACAUGUAUGAAUAGUUCUGAAUUGACUUUAUGUCCUAGCUCUGAUUUGAAUUUGAGCUUUGCAAAAGAAUCCAGAAUAAGUAGUAUAUUUGAGGAAGGCGUAGUGGAAGAAUUGGAAAUACUUGAGCCAUUAGUGGAAAAUGUAGAGAAAAAACAAGAGUUUGUGGAAAGUUUAAGGGAGGAUAUUGUAAACUGGAUGGCGUUUCUUAUGAAGGAUUAUUGUGGGGAAUUUGAAAAUAUAAUGGAAGAAAAGGAACUCCUAAAAUCGAUCAACCAAGUCCCCAAGGAUCCGCAAGAAAGGCUAACGGAGAACAAAUUUCCUUUAGAUGCCGACGACGUGGAAAUACGUAGGAAACCGGAAUUCCGAACCAAUCGCAUUUCGAAGACGACGGAUUUUGAUGCAGGAAGAAGACGACAAACGAUCCCUGUAAACCCAAAGAACUUCGAAAUAAGGGGAAUACUCAAAAUAGAAUUCCUAUCCAACAUCAGCCUAAUCAAAUUAAAAGAAGAGUACAUAGCUUAUGAAAACGAAAAUCUCUUCAGGGUAAACGAUAAAUCGAGAACCAAGGAGCUCCUAGCUUCAAAUAUAAUAAUAAAGUCGGUCAGAUACCCGAAGUCAAAAGAAUCCAAAGAAGUAGAACUAAAAGACACCAAAGAUGUUAUCUAUUUGUUACAUUUCCAAGAGCUCAAAUACGCCAAGCAAUUUAUGGAAAAUGAAAAAGUACAAGUUUACAUCACGGAUAAUAAAGUGACAAUUAAAAAAACUUUACUUAGAUUUUUGGGUAAAAGAUCAAGUCGCGAGAUAUUAGAAAAGAAAGGUAUUUACAAAAACGAACCAAUUUUCGGAAAUACUUUACGAGAUAUUUACAACAAAAGCAUAACAAAUUCAUUGGUUCCAACAUUCAUUAUUGAGGUUAUCAAGCUGCUAGAAAAACCAGAAAAUAUUAAAAGCUUAGGUGUGUAUAGAACAUCUGGCAAUUUAGCAAUCAUUCAAAAAAUCCGUUUCGAAGUCGAUAAUGGAAGACUCAGCAUAUUGGGACAAUACGCCAAAGAUCCAGAUGUUUUAACAGGAAGCUUGAAACUAUUUUUCAGAGAGCUAAAAGAGCCAUUAAUUCAGCGGGAAGUUUGCGAUAAAUUAUUGGAAUACAUUAGCGCAAAAGAUCCAAAGCAAAUGUUAUCCAAAGACCAUCAAAAAAUCAGAUCCAUUCUAGUCAAAAAUUUGCACGAGGCCAAUUUGGAAACGUUUGUAGUGAUAAUCAAUCAUUUAUUGGAGGUGAUCAAAUACAAGGAAAUCAAUAAAAUGGACGCCUACAAUUUGGCAAUUUGUUGGGGACCUUCUAUGAUUUUUUCAAUACAAGGAGCUCCUAUUAGCGCUAUUUCUGAUAUAUCCAAGGAUAUAGUGGCGCAAAGUCACGACGCCACCAGAAUGGUGGAUUUCUUUUUGAAUUACUACCAGCUGUUUCCUGCUGAAUUGUUGACGCUAGGGAAAAGAUCAAGACCGGAAAGUAUCUCAGAAAAAGUAUAUUUGCUGAAAAGACAAGAAUCCAAGGACAGCGUAGGCAGUUCAGAUAGUUCUAAAACUCAAAAAAAAAGUGCGAGUAGUCUAAGCCUAAGCGUGGACGACAUAACGAAAAAACUGAUUGAAUCCAUAGAGCCUCACCUGGACAACGAAGGCCUCUACAGAAAAUUGGGCUCGGCUGAUAAAACAAACAAAAUAAUGAAGAAACUGACCAAAAAGAAGAUAAAUGAACUCGAGAAAUACAAGAAUGACGUUUACGAGUUGGCAGAAGCUCUGAAGAAAUAUUUAAAGGAACAAGACUGUUUGGUUUAUGAAGAUACUGUCGAGUUGGUUUUGAGAGUUGCACCCGAUAGUUCCCAGAGUUGUCUGGAACCAACAACAAGACAAAAAGUAAUAUCGCUGAUAGAAGACACUCCAAAAAAAGACACUCUGAUCUUCCUUUUGCAACAUUUGGCGAAAACAUUGGAAAUUCAAGAAAAUAAAUACCAAGUGCCUAGAUAUGAGCUUGUAGGAAUCUGGGCAAAUGUCCUAAAUAAUCCCAAGAAAACCAAACGGUCCAAUGAAGAUUUUGCCAGGUUUUUGGAUGUGGCUAUCAAGGUUUUCAAUGAUAAUUUACCGGAUAUCGUGCGAUCGAGUGUCAACAACAAUGGAUGUAGUCCUGUUAGAAAUAGAAGUAUGGAUGAGCUAAUGAAAGAGAUGAAACAUCAACAAGCUGAAAGAGACAGGAACAGUAGAUAUGACAACGUCGACUCUGAUGUGGGUGAAGCUUCAAUACUGGAGGAUAAGACUGAACAAACCAAGUUGUGACAAAAUAAUAGAGGAAAUGAGAGUUUUUUUAUUUAUGUAUUACUUGUUUAGAUGUUAUGACAAAAUAUUAUAUUUUAUGUCUUGUAAAUUUAUAUAAGUGAUUUGGAAAUGUUUAUUUUCUAAAAAUUGUUGUUAGUUAUUAGGAAAAUUUAAACCACACCAAAGGUUUCCAACAAAACUGAACAAAACUUGUUCUAUUUGCUCUAUACUCUAUAAAAAAAAAACUUGUAUUUUUUUGUAUAUAAUUAUUUGUUAUAUUAUAGAUUUGUUUAGAAGUGCCAAUUAAUAUCUUAGAUAUAUUAAGAGACAAUUGGUUCUUUUAAUGAUAAUUUUGCAAGCCAAAAUUUUAUGUUUUACACGAUGUGAUAUCUAUUUUAGGCUUAGAGUCUAUAAGUGCCUAUAGCUUGAUAAAAAAUAAUAAUUAUUGUUAAUCCAUUACCUUUGCGUUUUACUUAUUCAAUAUAUCUCCCUUCUUUAUACUAUUUGGACUUUACAACUUGCCCAUUAAUCAAACAAUAUACAAACAAAACAUGCAUACAUACAUUAAUUUCUUUUGUGUAUAAUAUUUUGGAUUUUCUGCCAUUCCCUGUCCAAAUGGGCCUUUUCGUUCUUGUCCUUGUGCUUCCUAGAUCUUCUUCCGUCAGCCAUUUUGAGACCGUACUGAAACGCGGCCUUAGGCAAAGCUUCCUUUUGAUUCAUAUAAUCAGAAUAUUCCUCGGCAGUAUCAAAGUCCCAUCGCCCAAUCGGUCCCUUUUUAUUACCUAGGUCCAUUUUAGAGUAGUCCACUUCAUCGUCACUGUCAUCGAUAGCGUCGUUCAUCUCUUCCAAACCAGGAUAACAUUCUGCGUAUCCUUCAGGUUCUUGUUGCAA